UCACCUCUUCCCUAUAUAGUACUACGACAAAUCUACAAUACUUAAAUUUCCAGGCAGCAAGUGGCCAAUAGAUAAAUACAAAACACCAAAAAAAACAUACUAGAGGACUAUAUACAACCACUCCCUUUUGUGCAACCCUUUGACUUCCUUGUUUUUCCUGGAAAGAAAGAACCUUUCCAUUUCCAUUUCCAUUUCCAUUUCCAUUUCCUCCCUAGCCUCUGCGGCCUGCCCAAAACUAGAUAACAAGCCAUGCAGCCGCAGGAGUCCUCCACCGACGGCAGCCCAUCUCCGACGAGGAGACAACUUCAGGGCCCACGGCCGCCCCAACUUAGAGUCAGGAAAGACUCCCACAUGAUCAAGAAACCCCCAAUCGCCCCCCAGCCGUCCCACCCCCAAGCGCCGCCGCGACCUCCGCAGCACACGGCCGCGGGACCGUCCCAGAGUCGGCAGCCGGUGAUUAUCUACGCCGUGUCUCCCAAAGUCAUACACACCACCGUCACGGACUUCAUGUCCUUGGUCCAACGCCUCACCGGAUCUUCCUCCGGCGACCACGCCUCCUCCUCCUCCUCCGCCAAUCGUGGUGAUGUGUCGCCGGCGGCGAGGUUGGCUUCGAUAGAGCGGACGAGUCCGAGGGAGAGAGAAAGGGAUAGAGAAAGAGAAGUAGCGAGUGAUAUUAUGGGUAUGGUUGAAGGAAUCGAGGUGGGUCAGGGUCAUAAUCCGGGGAUUCUAUCGCCGGCGCCGGCGACUCUGCCGCCUAUAUCGCCGGGAUACUUCUUCUCGCCGAGAUCGGACCCACAUGGGUUUUCAAUUUUGCAAGAUCUAAGCAGUCCUUUCAAUCCUUUCAAUCAAGGGAACAACAUGUUUAUGACGAGUCCUUCAACCUUGUUUUCAGCUCCGAUGGCUUCACCUUCGCCGUCGUCGUUCGACCUAUUCAACCAACAAUUCUUUGACUUUUAGCUGAGGGACGGUAAGAAAAAUUUCGUGUACAAGUUGUAGUGCAUUUUUUCUAGAGAGAGAGAGAGAGAGGAUAGAGAAGGUUCAAGAAAGAAACCGGUGUAAAAGGUAGUUGUUGUAAUUUUGUACUACAACCAAUGGUUAAAGAAGUAAAUUCUCAAUUAUGGUAAAUAGUAUAGAUUUUAGGUGGUUGGAAUAGGGGCUUGUUAAUUAAUGUGCUUUUAUGGUUUUUAGUUGGCCAUGUGAUAAUGUGAUUGGAGUUCUAUUAUUUUGUUUUUUUUCA